AUGAUCUUGGCUGCCGCCCGGGAGUCGCCACCUUUGGCCGACUUCCGUCUCGAAGAGCCCAACUUGGCCAAGCUGAGGGAUGCCAGGACUUUGCUCAGCAGCUUCACUGGCAUCGUGUCCCGCACCGCGCCGAGUACGAAACUCUUGGAGCCCAGCUUGCCCGAUGCUGUGGUUAAAGAAUGGGCACCUGGCAUCUUUCGACUGCUGCAGACGCUUGCCAACGUCUACGUUGAGGCCGCUGCCGGCGAUGAGCUUGCGCGGCUGUUGGUGUUUUUCCCGGCUAAGCCCGAGUUAGAGGGCGUGCUGGGGCGAUACCUGAGCUCGGACGAGGAAAAAGAGAUGCUGGAGAAGUUUUCCGGUGGGCUGAAUCCGCGCUGGAUCCUGGCCAUCCGUGGUCUCCUGCAUGAGCUUCGAUGCCAUGCGGCCAAAGCAGCUCGUUCAUGCAUGGCCUGCCAUGGUUUCUGGGAGAUGGACGACUCUGUGAUAUGGUUGAGGGAUGUUGCACAGAGCAUCACUGGCAUGCGGCCUCACGCUGCGGAGCUAUAUCUGCGGGAGCUGUUUAUGCCCCUGGUCAGGACCCAAGGUCUCAUGCAGGAUGCACGCCUGGGGGACUUCAGCAAAGCGUUCUUGCCUGCCCUAAUCAAGGGAAUCUCAACGAGACUGCAAGACGCCUGGGCCGUGAACGGCGUCGACGCGGAGUCGGCCGUGGUGAAGAUGAGCACUGAAACUGCGGGAUUUGCAUGGCUCGACCCCGCACAUGCCGCGUCGGCCGUCUCCUUCUCCCGAGCAGCGGUUCACUUGCUGGCUGCCUUAGCCGGGACGGAGCUACCUCAGGCAAACCAGCUGGAAGAUCCACAGGUUCGGGUCUUCCAAGCCAAGCGGUCGGUACCCCAAUCGUCGGGCAAUCGCAAGAAGAGGAAAGGCCAAAAUGCCAACAGAUUCGCCGCACUGGAGCACGGGGAUGCCAUGGAGGCGGAGGCGCAAGCUGAGCAGGUGGUCAAGCCGCAGGCAGGGCGCAGUGCUCCAACCGGUCUGGUUGCGAGCAUCCUCAGAGACAGCCAACUCCGCGAUACACUGCGUGGGGCGCUCUCGGAGUUCCUGCUCGUGCCGGAGAAAGAGACAAUGACGCGUGCUUUAGCUGGGCUGGCGGCCUGGACCUCGCAGCUCUGGAACAUGAUCGCACGCGGAGAGGAUUUGGCUGCACUCUCCACGGGGAGCUCUGCCGGGGAUCGAUUACCGGAAACCGGCGAGAUCCUGCACGUGGCAAGCGAUGUCCUGCGGAUCAUUCCACGAGGAAUCCUGAAACCAAUCGGGGAGGUCGUCGCUGGCAAAAGUCCUCGCCUGCCCCCGGAUGGAGGUGCCCUCUGCAAUGCGGUGCAGCACAGCUGGAGCAGCUUUGCUGCGGCGAGCGUGGCAGACACCAAGCCAAGCCCCUCUCUCCUGGUGAGCGAAUGCACGAACCCAGUAUUCAUCGGCUUACUGGUGCUGGUGAAGUUCUUCAAACUCCAGUGCCGGAAGCUGGAGCUGUCUACCGACGCUGCGCAACUCUAUCUGUGUCCACCGCUGGUGGAGGCUUUGCGAGUUCUGCAGGAGCUGCCGAACACGAGCCAG